GGGCACGUUUCAAGCUCUUCAUUUUUUCUCGUUUGCAUUUCGUCGCCCUCUUCUUCCACCAAAACCUCAACAACUCCUUCAUCAACGACAAUCCAUCGAACAUCCUUUCUCUUUAUCGAACAAUCCUUUCUCAGGAAACCCUAUCAUACCGGUACAGUACAAGUCAUGGCCCGUUCAAACAAGCAAAAGGCAAAGAAGAAGGCACCAGUUGCCUCACGCGCUGCCAAAAGCAGCUUAAAGGUGUCUCGUAAGGAGUCUGCUGUAGUAACGCCGUUGGCGUUUUUGGACGAGAAAAUCCGAAGCAUUGCCACGAUUGGAGAGAAUCGGGAAAACCUUGCCCUGCUUUCCAAGAAGAAACAUGACUAUGAUCUAGGCAGACACGUUGUUGAUCUCAUGAAAGAGUAUCCCAAUCAUAGCGUCUGCAUCUACAAUGGAUCUCCCCAAUUGUUGACGGACGCGACGACAUUGGUUCCCCACCUUGGCGUGAUCUUGGUACCCGACAAGAAAUUGCCUCCCAAGUACAUCGCCUACAAGAAUAAGCACGGGGAGAAUGCGGUUGUUCUGAAGGAUAUGACAAAAGCUUACGGCAUGCGCUGGAACAGUGUUGCACCCGGAGUCUACUUUUUGACGUCGUCACAGCGCAAGACGAAAACGUCCAUCAAGGCAAUGGAUGAAGAGUCCAAGGUGCUGGAGGAACACUUGGAAUUGUUCUCACGUCGCCCUUCCGUCGACUGGAAACUCAACAAACACGGAAAACUUGACGUUCGAUUCGUAAACUUCACGGUUCCGGAUAAGAAUGGCGAAGACAUAUACGAGUCGUUCGACAAGGACGGCGAUUACAAUCUACAAUCAUACGUUGAUGAGUUUUUGGAAACGCAGGAACUUGGAGAGGAUCGCCGUGAGGAUGUCGAGUCGGCUAUUCGUCAAGCAUUCGAGGAUAAACGGGACGAAAUCAUUGAGGAGAUGAAACUUCUCAAGAGUGAAGGUUUUGACGAAGAGCUCCUCGAGUCUAUCAAGACCAUCAAAAUAUACCCUAAGGGGACUCCUGCAGAUGCAAAGUCGAGGAUGAUGGGGUCGUACUAUGGAAAUGCUCAUGCUGUGUUGUAAGUGCGAUGAUGCGAGAACUCCAGGCGCACACACAUCAACCGGUCUGCAGCAAUAAUCAAUUCGUCAGAAGAAGAAAACCGUCAGACCAGAGACCGUAACAGCGGAAGAUAAGGCCAAGGUAACGACAUUUCGUUUCUCAGGGGAUCCUUCAAAGACGUCGAUGUCAAACAACAAAAGAAUUGGACCAUAAUUAUUUAGCUGUAGCAGCCAUCGUGCAACUACCAUCACUUUUAACAAUAGCGUGAAGCAUUAAAGUAUACAGUCUACCGGUA